UAUGGUGAACCUGUGUGAUUAUAGUACUGUCAUAUACGCGGGAAAUGUGAGUGUCCUACUUGUUGUUGCCAUCUGCACGAAUUAUUGGUCCUAUAGAGAAUUUUACAAUGAAAAAAUAGAAGAUUUAAUUGAAUCAUCUAAUCAAACUCAAUUGAUAAAGCCACAUGAUACAUCAACUUAUUUGUUAAUUAGAAAGACUUUUCAUAAUCGAAGCAUAUUAAACACGAAAUUGCCAAGUUUAACAGGAAGGGUAUCAGUUUACCAACCACCCGUCAUAAUCUACGAACUUUUCGAACCUUUCUACAAUACGACAAGACGUAUCGAGCUCGAUAUUGUUGUCUUUUCCCAAUAUGGAAAUUUAUAUAAAGAUUGUGAUAAUCUAGAAAUCGCUGUCCGAAAGAGAUUAGGCCUACGAGAAAAAAGUUGUACAGUUUUUGUUAUCGAAGCUCGAGGAGAACAAGACUACAUUAAAAAAGAAUUACCAUUUAUAAUUUAUCUGGAAAUAAUAGCCUUUUUAUUAGCUAUUUUGUCCAUCGCCACGUCAUGGGCGGGAAGUAUUGGCGGAGCCUAUGCCGCUUUGUCUAUGAGUAGGAACGCCCUAACACUUGCAUCAGCAUCAACUCUUAUUUCUGCUUUCUCGCUCACACUCACCAUCGCAUUUUUUCAUAUUAAAUGUCAUCUGAUAAAACGUAGAGAAUUAUUAGGGGAAGAGCAUGAAGUAUCUGCUGCCCCUCUUAUGGAUAUUUUAGAGAAAUCAAGGCAUGAUUACUACGGCUGGUCAUUCGUAUUAUCAUGGAUAUGUGUGGCUUUUCAAUACACAGGCUCUUAUUUAUGGCUGAGGAAGGCGUCAGACGCAGAGAAUCUCUAUCAACCUGCAUCGUUUAAUCAAUUAGUAACUCCAUGUAAAUCCGAUUUGGCAAAAGAUGGCACUAGUGUCGAAGACAAGAAAAAACUAUCGGAGAAGAAAAAAACUAGAAAGCGUAUAUUUGCUGAUCAUAGAACAGAAAAGGCAGGGAUACCAGCUAAAAAGAAAAUGUUUGUUCAUCGAACGCGAACAAUAAUUCUUCCCAACAAAUUUUUACUUGGUGGCAAUAUCACCGAUCCUCUUAAUUUACAAGAAAUUGGCCAGAGAGAUCAAACACUCGAACCUACUCCACAGUGUUCACCAGUUCCUGUACCACCGCAUAAGCUGGAUGUUAAUGUCAGAAUUCCAAAGAAUUCCACAGAUCCUCUUAAUCUAAAUACAGGCGAAGAAAUAGAAGUUGAGGAAUUACCGAAAAAGAAAAAGAAGAAAAAACGUAAAUCUUCGAACAAAGAGAAAAAGAAAUCGAAAACUAAAAAAAAAAGAAGUAUUGAUGAAAUAGUAUCUCCUGCAAUACCGCAAGACGUCAUUUUACGUUCAAAAAGACGAAGAAGAAGUACUGGUGAAGGUGCUACAGAAAAAAUAUCUCCUGUUAUUAAACGAAAGGUUCGUCGCAGUAAUUUAAUGAGUCAUUCAUUAAGGCAGUCAACAAACAAGAUUUACAGAGAACAUGAUUCAAGAAAAAAGUAUAUAUUUGGUAAUUAUACAUCAUAUUACGGUUAUAGAAAUCCCAGAGGAGAGCACGAUUAUAGAUUAGACUGCAUAAAGAGGGAAUGGAUUGAGAAUAAGGAUAUUCUAGACAUUGGUUGUAACGUUGGAAACUUUACCCUUGCCGUCGCGUCUUCUUAUCAACCAAAAAGAAUAGUAGGAAUGGAUAUUGAUGAAAAAUUAAUAAAUACAGCCCGUCGAAACGUCCGGCAUUACCUUAGUGAGACAAUGCAUAAUAGAAGACCUAGUCGGUUUCCGAUUUCUAUGAUUUACUAUGGUCCUCUUGCAGCUCCUUUACUUGGACACAAAGAAAAGGGUGGAAAUGACUUUCCGAACAAUGUAACAUUUGUCUGCUCCAAUUACGUGCCAGAAGACGACGUCUCCGUAGAUAUUCAAACAGAGGAAUAUGAUGUGAUUUUAGCUCUGUCUCUAACCAAGUGGAUUCACUUGAACAAUGGCGACAUGGGUCUAAAAAGAACUUUCAGGCGAAUGUUUAAACAAUUGCGUCCUGGUGGUUUAUUGAUUCUUGAACCCCAAGCUUGGCCAUCAUAUAAAAGAAAGAAGAAGCUAACUGAUGAAAUAUCUAGCACAUACAACUCCAUUACCUUCAAACCUGAUCAAUUCACUGAUUUCUUACUGCAAGAUGUAGGAUUUACAAAAUGUGAACAUUUAGCUGUUCCAUAUAACCAUUCUAAAGGAUUUCGCAGAGAAAUGCAGUUAUUUACUAAAGCUGACACUCCCCGCAACACACCUCAUUGGAGUCAAUCCCUUCACACAACACCAAAAGUUUCUUCUCCUUCCUCUAGUUCUAGUUACUCGUCUUCGUCCGAAGGUAGCUCUGACUCAUCCAACUACACAGACUCAGAUUCAGAAGACUCUAAUAAUAAUUUACUCGAAGACGAAAUCACACCUUCACCGUUUAUUGCAGCUGCUCCACCGUCAGACUAUGAACCUGAAUAA